AUGGAGAGUGGAGCAGGAAAGCACUGGACUGAGGAAGAGGUUAAAGCUUUGCUAAGUAUCUGGGCAGAAAAAAAUAUACGAAAACAACUUUAUGGAACACUGAGAAAUAAAGGAGUAUUUAUCUACAUUGCUAAAAGGCUGCAAGCACUAGGAGUAUACAGAGAUUGGAAACAGUGCCGGGCAAAGUACAAAAAUCUCAAAUAUGAAUACAGAGCAGUUAAAUAUGCCCACAACUCUGGAGACAGCUCUAAAACUAUGAAGUUCUUCCAUGAUUUGGAUGCGAUCCUGCAGUAUGAACAAUUAACAGAGGAAGAUGCAAAUGACAGGUGCCUGGCAACGCUGAGCCAAAGUACAGCCCCAGAGAUCACUGAAGGCAAAAUGUCAGUUACAUCAGUAGACAAGGAAGACAUCCCAGGAAAUCCUUUACUUUCGGUUUCUCAUGUCAGACCAAUGGAACUAGGUAACUCUACACCAAUAAUGGAACCCCCUAAUAAUCCAACUUUCAUUCCAGCUGUAGCAAAUGAAGGAGGAAAACACUGGACUGUGCCAGAAGUCAGGGCUCUAAUAGGCAUCUGGUCUGAUAAAGGCAUACAACAACAACUAGAGGGAACAGUGAGAAAUAAAAGGAUAUUUGAACAAAUUGCUGCCGAGCUUCAGAAACUUGGAAUAGAGAGAGACUGGAAGCAGUGCAGAACAAAGUACAAAAACUUAAAACAUGAAUACAAGAUUGUAAGAAUGGCUCAAGACCUAGGCAUGACUAAGAGUAUGAAAUUUUUUACUGAGUUGGAUGCUAUUCUGGGACACAGUAAAACAGAAAACUCACAAGAACAGGAAUCCCACGAUGGAAAGCAAGCCACAGGAUGUGCCAAUGUAAAAAUGGAAGAGGAUCAGACAGAAUUAUUUGAAAGUCAUACCAAAAACCCAAGAACUUUGAGCAUCAAGAGAAAAGCACAUGAAGACGAAGCAGCGGCAGUAUCUCUUAAGAAAACUGCUCCUAAGAUCACUGCAAAUCAGUUUCCUCAAAGAACAACAGAACCAAAAGAUUGUACAGAAUGUUUUUGCAGUCAGGAGACCCCCUACGUGACCCAACUUCAUCAGAGUCCUGCCUCUCUUCCUAGAGCUGCCGCUGCUUCCAGACCACUCCGGAUAAUGGCGACAGCCGAGGUACUGAAGAUUGGUAAAAAACUCUAUGAGGGUAAAACAAAAGAAGUCUAUGAAUUGUUGGAUAGUCCAGGAAAAGUCCUCCUGCAGUCCAAGGACCAGAUUACAGCAGGAAAUGCAGCCAGAAAGAAUCACCUUGAAGGAAAAGCUGCAAUCUCAAAUAAAAUUACCAGUUGUAUUUUUCAGCUGUUACAGGAAGCAGGUAUCAAAACUGCUUUCACCAGAAAAUGUGGAGAGACAGCUUUCAUUGCACCUAAGUGUGAAAUGAUUCCAAUUGAAUGGGUUUGUAGAAGAAUAGCAACUGGUUCUUUUCUCAAAAGAAAUCCUGGUGUCAAGGAAGGGUAUAAGUUCUACCCACCUAAAGUAGAGAUGUUUUUCAAGGAUGAUGCUAAUAAUGAUCCACAGUGGUCUGAGGAACAGCUAAUUGCUGCAAAUUUUUGCUUUGCUGGACUUGUUAUAGGCCAAACUGAAGUGGAUAUCAUGAGUCAUGCUACACAGGCUAUUUUUGAAAUACUGGAGAAAUCCUGGUUGCCCCAGAACUGUACACUGGUUGAUAUGAAGAUUGAAUUUGGUGUUGAUGUAACCACCAAAGAAAUUGUUCUUGCUGAUGUUAUUGAUAAUGAUUCCUGGAGACUCUGGCCAUCAGGAGAUCGAAGCCAACAAAAAGACAAACAGUCGUAUCGUGACCUCAAGGAAGUAACUCCUGAAGGGCUGCAGAUGGUAAAGAAAAAUUUUGAGUGGGUUGCAGAAAGAGUAGAGUUGCUUCUGAAACCAGAAAGUCAGUGCAGGGUUGUAGUAUUGAUGGGCUCAACCUCUGAUCUUAGUCACUGUGAAAAAAUUAAGAAGACUUGUGGAAAUUUUGGCAUUCCCUGUGAACUUAGGGUAACAUCUGCCCAUAAAGGACCAGAUGAAACUCUGAGGAUUAAAGCUGAGUAUGAAGGGGGUGGCAUUCCUACUGUAUUUGUGGCAGUGGCAGGCAGAAGCAAUGGUUUAGGACCAGUGAUGUCUGGUAACACAGCAUAUCCAGUUAUCAGCUGUCCUCCCCUCACUCCAGACUGGGGAGCUCAGGAUGUGUGGUCUUCUCUUCGAUUACCCAGUGGUCUUGGCUGUUCAACCAUACUUUCUCCAGAAGGAUCAGCUCAGUUUGCUGCUCAGAUAUUUGGAUUAAACAACCAUUUGAUUUGGGCCAAACUGCGAGCAAGUGUAUUGAACACCUGGAUUUCCUUGAAGCAGGCUGACAAGAAAAUCAGAGAGGGCAAUUUAUAAGAAAGAACAUCAUUGCAUUUUUUAGGAGAAAAACUAUAAAUUUCUAGUUUAGCUGCCGGAAAAAAAAAUCAAGUAAGAUGAAAAGAUUUAAAAUCAACCAGAGAAAACAAAAUUUAUAAGUGAAUAAAUGCUUCUCUAGAUUCAUGAAUUAGUAGAAUAAAUGUACAUAUUUAUUAGUAUUUCUUUAUAAGUAGUGAAAUUACUAUACAUUUAAAAUUAAUCUCUUACCCAUAUAUGGUCAUUGUUAGGUAGGCAGUAUAAUUAAAUAUAUUUCUUAAAUGAUAAUAAUGUCCUAUUAUAGAGCUCUAAAGUUACUACUUGACUUUCUACAUCUCAGUCCGUAAGUUUUAGAAACUUAAAAUGGUUGUAUCUUAGGGUGGUUAAGAGCAAUAUAGUCCUCUUUCACAUUAUGAUCUUUACAAAACUCUAGGGCAUGGUUUUUUAUUUGCAGUCAGUAUGUCAGAAAAUGAUGUUGUAUUUAUCUCUAGCUAUAGCUAGAGAUGAUGUUUGGGUUUGAUAUUGCCUUUUUUAAGAAAAGCUGAGAUUGACGCUGGGGGUAAGAAAGACAUGAAAUAAGAUGAAGGGGCACUGUGGAAACCAUGGAGAGACUUCUGAGAACUUCUCUGUUAAGUGUCAGGGCAAUUUCUCAUGGAAAAGAAGUACAGUCACCUUUGCCAUUGCAAAUGAAUUAGUAAAUCUUACUUGGCUCUGUAGGUCAUAAAAUUCUUUUAAUUCUGAUAACACAUAUUUUAGCCAGACUAACAAUCCCCAACCUACCAUCAUUUUCAGAAAUUGGAAUCUCCCAGUUAAUACCCAUAACUAGUUUCUUUCUUGUAACAGUAUUAAGUCUAGGCAGUAUACCCAGCAAAAUGCACUUCUAAAGGAGCAGUUGUUACUGAGAGGUAUGAUAGUUCAUCAUGAGUCUAUAAACCAUAUUUGGAAAUAUCAGUGUUACAUUAUGCAGCCUUGAGGAUUUUAUAGAUCAUUAAACUUUAAUCCAGGUGUCUGUGAACCCCUUAAGCUUACAUGUAAAAUUUUAUGUAUAUGUUCACUUCUAUGAGAAGGGGGCGAUCAAUUUUUACCAAAAAGAUGUGUCCCCCCCAAAAUGUUAAGAAUCUCUGCUACAGAUGAAACCUUGAUAAAACUUUUGCCACUGGCCUACACUGUCUGUGCUUUUUCACCUCCCUCUCAACUGUUAACAAGCUGGCAUCUCAUCACUUCCUUCACCUGAUCUCUGUGGGGUAUGAUUGACCUAACUUCCUUUCUUGGGCUAUACACCAAGUUGUUCCAACCUCAAUCUUAAUCAUUCCUCAUAUUUUACUCUUUCCCUUAAGUACUGAUGUUUCCUACUAUUGAGUCCAUUGUUUACAAAUAAUGGUAGGAUAAUUUUAAUUCUUUAUAGUGAAUGCCUGUAGACUUGUAUUUUCAGCUGUCCAUUUCUGUCUGAAUGCUCCAAACUUAACUCAUCUUCCACCAAGCCUAUAUCUGGCUGCACUCACUGUCCCAAGUCAGAAGCUUAAUUUUAUCCUUGAUGUUUUUCUCUGACCUUUCAUUUCUAACUCAUCACCAAGUCUUGAAUUUACCCUGUUUACCCAUCCACUGUACCUAAACCUCAAGCAAGGGUCAAAUUCUGUAUUAUUAGCCUGAUCUAGGUCUUCAUUCUUAACCCAACCUUUUUGAGGUUGAUUGUCCAAGGACUUAAAACAAAAACUCUUAAAUAAAUUUCUUUUGCAACAUAGACUCCUUUGAAAAUAUGAAUGCUGUUGACCCUCUCCCUAGAAAAUUGCACAGUAUGUUUACUAACAGGUUCCAUUUGUUCCUGGGUUCCUUGAAGCCUAUCCAUAGUCUGUAGGUUAAGAAUUGCUGUUGUAACCCAUCAAGGAAACUUGCUUUCCUCUUUUUCAGACUGUUGCAUAUCUGUACCUUUAGUUCUUAGAAUGUUCUCAUUUGUCAUUAAAAUCUACUUGUUAGUUACUAGAGCUUCAUCUUCACUUUCUCCAUGAAACCUUCCCUGAUAAACCUUCCAGCUACAGUGGCUACAAGUACUUUCUCUGUUGGAUUGUAAGCUCCCAAAGAGGAGAAAACAUAAUUCUACAGUUUAUUUCCCUUACGUUGUCUUAUGCUCUGAUGUGCUAAUGCCUAGCUGUCUGUCAGAAAUGGGGGAAUUAUAAAAAUCAUGUACUGCUUUAUUUUCUAAAGUUAGAUCACAAGAACAAUUAAAAAGAUUUGAUUUUAACGUCUUUGAACUUGGGCUUCAUAGUCUCUGAAUAGUCAUUGGCUGCUAUUUCAGCUCUUCUAUCCCUACCUAGCAAAAGCUCCACCUGUUUCUGUGCAGUACAUAAAAAUGUCAAACACUGAUUGAGACUCGUAGAUAGGACUGACCUUUAUCAAUGGUCAUUAUUAGUUUCUUAAUAGAGUACAUAUAUCCUCAGUAGUAUAGUUCAUCAGUGCUAGAGUAAAUACUUGUUUGAAAGUAUUUUAACUGUUAUAAAAAGUAACUUACACAAACCUACCUGGUUUGCCAUCUUUGGGUGUUUAUACUUUCUGUGGGCUUAUAGUUAAAUAGAGGAAGAAAAAUUGUGUCCGAAUAACGCUGUAGUUAAACUUUAUAUCUUAAAGCCACACUUAGAAUUGCUUUAAUGCCUUCUGAAAUUUAAACAAAGCAGCCAAAUAAAAG